AUGUCACUCCUGGAGGGUGUCCUGGCCGAGAUUCUAUUGCAUGUCCGAUCCACCAUGAAUGUCGCGCGUUCAAUCAAUCAGUUUCCAAACAAUAUCCUUUGUCUCAUCUUUCAGUAUGCGUUGGAUCCGCUGUAUGAUGAGGACAGCCCAUGGCCGAAUCGGAGGUCUCCGUUACCGUCGAGGAAGAUGCUCAGGAAUAUCACCCACGUCUGUCACCGAUGGCGGGAGGUCGCUGUCAGUACAUCGUCUCUUUGGACGAUUCUCUGCACUCGCGAUUACGUGCCAUAUGACACUGUGCUACAACGCUCGAAGGAUUCACUUCUAAAGGUGCACGUCCAUGAGGGAGACGCCGAGAUGCUUAAAAUCUUUGCAUCAGAUGCCGCAACGGCGCGCAUAGAGGAACUCCGUCUGAAUUAUGUCAGUAUGGACCUCUCCGAGCCUCACCCAACGAGCUAUGUUCAAUUCUCUGCACCUAAUCUCAGGGUGGCGUGGCUUGAUGACGUGGAAAUGACCGCCGACGGUGAAGGCGUAGUCGGUCCUUUGCUAUUCCAGGGAAAUACUCCUUGCCUCACAUCGCUGACGCUGGAUGGCGUGGAGUUUCUUCCGAGCAAUCAAUUCGAGAACCUCACGCAUUUGUCGAUAGUGGGAUUGUUGUCAUCCUCACGCGCGACCCUGUCAGAUGUGACUGCUUUCCUCUCGGGGUGCUCCAGACUAGAGGAACUCGUGGUCGAGCUCUUGGACGUGUAUGUACCGCCCGAUAGCACGAAUCUCCACGCGCCGUCAUUGCAAAAUCUACGGAGGAUGGCCAUCGGUUCUGCAGAGACAGCAGGGACGCUACUCGCCUCAUGGCUUAUCGCACACGCUAAUAGGUCUGAAGGGGUGACUGCGCGCAUCUUUGACCAGGAUACUUUCCCACUUCGGUCUGAAUUCUCCUCCAUUUACGGGCCGUCCUUCGACGGCCUGCACACACUUGACGUGCGCGCUCUGCAUAAACCCGAGUGUGAGCCGACUCUGGUUGUCAUCGCUUGCAACGCGCUAUCGGUGCUCCGUGUCGAGUGUUCAAAAUCGAACCACAGUUGGCUGGAGACAGACGACCAAGGCUCGCUCCUGUGGUGCAAUUGGCCGCUAAUGCUUGUACGGGAGCUUCACAUAAGAGAAUCGGAGGUUGUGCGCGAGCACGCAGGUCUCGGGUCGUUGCUCUCGCGACUAGUCUCGCUGACGUCGCUAGUGGUGCGCGUCGGGUAUGCUUCCAAGGCCGAGAAGUCCAACGUGCUCCGCAUGCUCGCAGGUUCACAACUCCUCUGUGCCGACCUCACCACGUUGCGCGUCAUCUCCGAGGAUGUGUCUGUAGUAGACGAUAUCAUCGCUCUCGCGACGAUCAGAGCUGAAUGCAAACAUCCCCUUCGCGCCGUCGUCCUUGAGUCCACCCAGCAAGCCGUUGACGAGCACGCACUGGCGAAUUUGGAGGCACUAGAUGCGUGUGUGGACUCCUUACAGGUGGUGCCGCCGUCUGUGGGGCCUGAUGUGGAAGAGAAGUGGCCGGCUCUGUGUACUGGGGGAGCGGAGAUUUUCUGGCCGGCGUUGUACUGA